CGGGUCCCCGCGCCGCCCCUCGCUUCCCCACGUGGUCUCGGCCGGUGCCUGGGAAUUUCAGUCGCCGGAGGGUCGCUCUUGGUGCAGACGCCGGGCGAAGCUGCCGGCCCCGGAGCUGGGAUCCCGACACCCCCUGGCCGGCCCCGAGGCUGCCGCCUCCGCCCGCCCCGCUGCGGCGUCUCAGCCCGGGGCUGGAGGCUCCCAGCGCCCCGCGCGGCGAUGAAUGAGCGGCGCCCGCAGCCGGGGAGCGGCGGGGCUGCACCGCCGCCAGGUCCCGGAGCAGCCGAGUGAAGCGGCGGCGGGAGGAUGAAGCGGCCGGGCCGGGCCGGGCCGGGCUCCCUGGCCGCGCUCUGGCUCCUGGUGCUGGGCUCGCUGCUGGGGCUCUGGGCCGGCUUGCAGCGGGAGCAGCAGCAGGCGGCGGAGCAGGAGCGGCGCUUCCCCGCGGGGGCAGCCGGCCGGAGGCUGCCCCAGGAGCGGCGGGGCUGGGGGCGCGGCGGCCCCGGAGACUCGGCUCCCGGCAGCCGCUCGCCGGGGCGGGGCGAGUCCCGCGGCGGCCAGAAAACUUUCCGAGCGCUGCUCACGCUGCCGGCCGCCGGGGCCCGGGGCGAGCUCCUGGAGGGGCAGAAGCAGCCCGCGGAGCCCCGCGAGGGGCCCGGACAAAGCUCGCCGCCGGAGCCCCGGCAGGGGCAGAACUUGGAGCCGGGUUCCAGGGAGCCGCCGGCCCAGCAGGCUCCCGCGGACCCCGCCUCCGCGGUGCAAGGGGGCAUCUUCUGGAGCCAGGCGCUGGAGCAGCAGGUGCCCCCGGGCUUCGCCCCCGAGCAGGCGGCCUCGUGGUUGGAGACUGCUCGGGCGGCUCGCGUGGCCUCCCUGGAGCGGGGCGGGUGCGGCCGCAGCUCCAACCGGCUGGCCCGGCUGUCGGACGGGAGUCGCGCCUGCGUCCGCUACGGCAUCAACCCGGAGCAGAUCCAGGGCGAGGCGCUCUCCUACCAACUGGCCCAGCUGCUGGGCAUCCAGCAGCGCCUGCCGCCCAUGGCCCUGGCCCUGGUGGAAGCCCGCGGCAGGCAGUGGGGGCAGGUGCGGGACGAGCUGCGGGGCUCGCACUGGGCCGAGGGGGCGGUGGUCAGCCUCACCCAGUGGGUGGACAACUUGACCGACGUGGUGGCCCCCGCGCCCUGGAGAGCCGAGGCGGGGUCGGCCAGGAGACUGCAGCCUCUGGCGGCUGGGGAGCUGGGCGGCCUCACCCAGUCCCAGCUGGUGGAGCUGGUGCAGUGGACCGACCUGAUCCUCUUUGACUAUCUGACGGCCAACUUCGACCGGCUGGUCAGCAACCUCUUCAGCCUGCAGUGGGACCCCGGGGUGAUGCACCGGGCUACCAGCAACCUGCACCGGGCACCCAACGGGGGCCUCGUCUUCAUAGACAACGAGGCGGGCCUGGUGCACGGCUACAGGCUCCUCUCCAUGUGGGACAAGUACAACGAGCCCUUGCUCCGCUCCGUGUGCAUCUUCCGGGAGGCCACUGCCCGGCGGGUGCGGGAGCUGCACCGCCUGCAGAACGCAGCGUCGGAGCUGCUGAGACUCUACCGGACUCAUGAACCCCUCUCUGGCCGGCUGGGCUUCCUGUCGGAGCAGCAGGCGCGGCUGCUGCAGGGCAGGAUAGACUUUGUUCACAAGCACAUUUCGCACUGCAAAGCCACGGCCACUUCACUGUGAUCAGUUUGUCGCUACUGUCCUGUAUUUAUGUAACCCGAGGGGGAGGAGUGGGUUUUCCCUAACUAACCUUUUUGCGGUUGUAACCUGUUCUGGGACUCUCUCUAAAUAGGAGACUAAAAUAAUUCAUUCAGGAACCAGUUUCCUCCUGGGAAGGAGGUGUAGGCUAGUGGGCUGAGUACAGGACUGGGACCUCCUGCUGGUGGUGGUGUAAAGGGCCCAGCUUCCUCAUCUCUGGCUGCUGGCGCCUUUUUAAUGGUCCAUUUAGUUGGGUGCUUAAAGGACCAGUCCUGUGAGACACUGGAGUCCCCUCUCCUCCCCUUUGACCUCACAGGAGGCAAAUGUACUCCUCUACUUAGGAGAGGCACUGGCUAGGACUGGGCUCUCUACAUGGCGAGCUGUAGCUCAGGAAAGCUUAUGCUCUAAUAAAUUUGUUAGUCUCUAAGGUGCCACAAGUCCUCCUUUUCUUUUUGCGAAUACAGACUAACACGUUUGCUACUCUGAUACAUGGCUUUAGAUGCCUCCAUUUAGUUUGAAUAUUCUUUGCCCCAUGAAUUACUGUUGUUGGCCUCUGGAAAGGGACCCUGAAACAUCUGCCUCUGCUCGCUGCAUCUGUGAAGCAUGGGUGAUAAAUAAUACUUGCCUGCCUGCCUGCCUGGCAGGGCUUUUGUGAGGAGUAAUUAGUUAAUGUUUCUAAAGCGUUCUGAAGAUGAAAAGUGCUAUCAGUAUUAUUAUCUCUCUUUGUAUUAGUUCCACACUGGGUCUUUUCCAGAAUUUAAAAAAAAAAUAAUCAUGUCUCUUAAGUAUUUCCCUCAGUACAACUGCCAACUUAAAAGACAGUGUACAAAAACUAUUGUCCUUAACUGGCUGGUAUCAACUACCUUUCUUCUAAUGGAGGCAGGCAGGUACACUUAUGGAUUUUCUUGUUAUGACCAUUUAUUUUUUUAAAACCUGAUAUUCAUAAACUAAAAACUGAUUGUACAGUACAGGAGCCCUUGACUAGCAAAACUGCCAUAUCCAUGGAGGCUCUUUUCCUAUUGGUGUCUCUAUCCAGAAUGGAUCUAUUAACUGUUUUGUUAAUCUUGUCAAUGAAAAGUAUAUAGAGAGUCAAUUUUCCAGUAGUUUGUCAUCUUUGUUGUCAGAAGCAUCUGGUUAAUCUGAUGGGGUUAUAAGUGUCUGUUAUUUCUAAUCACUGUCAUUUGGUUUGAAUGCUAAAAUAACUGACUAAUGGGUAAAAAGAAAUCAUCCCAGGGUUUUAAAUAUUGUUAUUGUACUAAGACUUUGGACACAUUAGUCAAUUGGGGGAAAUCAGUUUCAUGCACUUUACUUUGACUUUUUAUUUUUUAUAAGAAGACUUUUAUUUUACAAAGUCUGCCUUUUCUGUACAUUAUAUAUGUUCAUAAGUUUUUCUGUAACAUACAAAAGAAACUGAUAUUUCAGUAAAAGGGUCUUAAUGUUUUA